AUAAUUUAAAAACUCCAAUAAGAAAAAAUCCAAAAUGGAAUCUUCCGAAACUACAAUUUCUACCAAAUUCUUUGACAACCUUUGGCCAUUGAUAUUGGAUCACAAUAAAUGUGAUAUACAAAGUUCAAAUACAAUUGAACAUUUCGUACCUCAGCAGAAAUUUGACCACAUGUGGGCUCAUGAACUUUUGGCCAGUAAAAACUACAAAAAUUAUGAAACACCUAGAGAAUUGAGCUGCAAAACAAGUACUAAAGAACAACCCGAGGUAGUUGAUCCUGAGGAUGAAAUAGAACAAUUAGCUUAUCGUGGACCACACUCAAAAAUCUUGCCACUAGAUCAACAAUUGGCCAUGGUUCAGCAAAAUAUGGAAAUAAGACAAAAAUUAGCAAAUGAUUUUGCUAAUCGAGAGUUUCCCUGGUAUAUACAAAGACCUUCAUAUGACUACGAUUUUCAAAUAACAGACAACAUGAAGAAAAUAUUUAAACAAACCUUUGAAUAUGAAAUACUUAAAAAUAUACAACGUAAUCAGUGUCAUCUAAUGAUAGUUGAUGUUGCAACCUCAAUACCUUUAAGAAAUCUAGAAUGUUGGCUGAAAUUCUCCCCUUAUGUGGCCAUUAUAAUGGUUAUUCAUGAUAAACAGCUUUAUGGGAAAGUGACAAAUUUCAAUUAUGUUUUUCACACGAUCUUAAUGGAAGAAUAUGAAGCGAAUACUUGUCAGGAAGAAUUAAAUCGUUCUCUGGAACUGGGUGUAAAUAAAGCUAAAGAAUUAUUUUUAUAUGAAGAUGCUGGCCAAGCAUUCGCUUUUGUAUUUUCCAAUACUCGCGGUAUUUGUAUAUGGGAUAAAUUUAAAAUUUUAAAAGAAUUUUGCUAGAAUUUUUUUAUUGUUACUACAUAGAAUUUAUUAAAUUUUCUCAAAAAA